AUGCCGGACUACUGUGGUUGUUGCUUCUGGAGCGCCAACGCCUGGCAGUAUCUGCCGCAGGUCUCGCUCCAGGCACACGCCACGAUUCUUUCCUCUGCUGCCCGUACUACUCUCACGCAGACCUUUGUCAACCCAUCAAAAGCUCUCGUCCAAGAGGUGUCAUACACCUUCCCCCUCUACGAUGGCGUUAGCGUGGUGGGUUUCGAGUGUCGCGUGGGGUCGCGCCUGCUCCACAGCAAAGUGAAGACGAAGGAGCAGGCCAAUGCCGAUUACCAGGAUGCGGUCGCUAAUCAGCAAACAGCGGCCAUCAUGGACCACUCCAGCAGCGAGAACGAUGUCUUCGUCAUCCGCCUUGGCAAUGUUCCCGCAAAGGAAACAAUCACCGUUAAGAUCACCUUCAUCGGUGAGCUAAAGCAAGACGCUCAGAACGAUGGCAUCCGCUACACCUUGCCGAAUUCCAUUGCCCCCCGCUAUGGAAACCUCGUGAGCCAGGCCCAUGACUCCUUUUUCUCUUCAGGAGGUGGUCUACCCGCAAACCUUCAAGGUAUCUCCAUUACGGUCGAUGUUUUGAUGGAAAAAACUUCUAUCAUUCGGGAAAUACAAUCCCCCAGUCACCCUAUUAAAUUCUCCCUUGGCCGGAUCUCAUCCACCUCGAUAGAUUCUUCCUCUUCAUUCGAACCAUCCAGGGCGUCUGCAACCUUGCAGCUCGCCAAAGAGAACCAUGUUUUACUGGAACGAGACUUUGUUCUCAUUGUCAAAGCGGAUGGACUUGAUAACCCUUGUGCGUUACUUGAAAUUCACCCCACCAUCGCGGGCCAGCGCGCCUUAAUGGCCACCCUGGUUCCCAAAUUCAAUCUACCACCCGCUCAACCAGAGGUGGUUUUUGUCAUUGACAGGAGCGGAAGCAUGCGUGACAAAAUUCCCACUCUGAAGGCCGCUCUUCAGAUCUUCCUCAAAUCCCUGCCAGUCGGCAUCUGUUUCAAUAUUUGCUCAUUUGGAUCUCACCAUUCCUUCCUUUGGCCAACCAGCAGAGUCUACGAUGCAUCCAGCCUGAAUGAUGCUUUGAGCUUUGUAUCUACCGUUGACAGCAACAUGGGAGGUACAGAGAUGCAACGUGCAGUGGUUGCCACUGUUACAAAUCGUCUCCGGAACAGAGAUCUGGAAGUUCUCAUACUCACUGAUGGACAAAUUUUCAGUCAGGAUGAUCUCUUUUCCUUUGUCCGCACAUCCGCCGCCGAUAACACUGCUCGAUUUUUCUCCCUGGCAAUUGGCGAUGCAGCAUCGCACUCAUUGGUCGAAGGAAUCGCACGAUCAGGUAAUGGUUUCUCGCAGUCUGUUCUUGAAUAUGAAGAUUUGGAUCGAAAGGUAGUAAGAAUGCUCAAGGGGGCUCUCACUCCUCAUAUCUACGACUACAAGCUCGAGGUGCAGUAUGAUGGUAAGGCGGACGAUGACUUCGAAGUCCUAGAAACGGAUGAGACCAUGGCAGGUUCCGAAACAGAGGUAGAAGAGGCCCCCGAGACGCCCAAAGCGGCCGCUACUCAACAGCAUAUCUCACUCUUCGAUGCCAACUUUCAAGAGUCCGACGCAGAGCUUCAGUCCUGUCAGCAGGCAAAUGACCAGGGCCUCCCAAGUAUCUCUCCCCCUCGCACCCUUCAAGCGCCUUACCAAAUUCGAUCCCUUUACCCAUUCAUCAGGACCUCGGUUUAUCUCCUUCUGGACCCUCGAUCGUCUGACCGCGCUCCGCGGUCUCUUACCUUGCGUGCUAGUUCCAAGUGGGGUUCCUUGGAAUUGCAAAUUCCCAUCGGUGAUUCAGUCAGGGGUGAGACCAUUCAUCAACUUGCUUCACGCAAAGCAAUGAUCGAACUGGAGGAAAAGCACGGAUGGCUGGAAGACGCCUGUGAUGACAACGGAAACUCAUUCAAACAACUCCACGUGCACACACAGCAGCGUAUAGUGGCCCGCGACCUUGGAAAGCGAUGCCACAACGGAGCACUCCGCGACACGGAAGCCCAAGGAGACCGAAGCAGGAACAGUGCCACUUUACUCCCCCGGGCUAUUCGGGGGUCCCGCCAGGCAAGCCACACGUGGGCUGAGCCCAAGCUACGCACAGAUGCCCAUGAUGAGGUUGUCCUGCAGUUCUGCAGUACCGAGUGCGUUCGGCUCCAGAGGUGGUCCAUGUAUGCAACAAAAUAUGCAACAAGCUGGGGUAUCCGCAUUUGGAGCUGCUCCGCAAAACGCACAUCAAGGUUUCCGAGGGACUUCGUUGUUUGGAGGAUCGAAUGCGAGGGAAAGGCGGUUUAUGGACUCCACACCAAGUCCGCCCGCAUCAACGGGCCUUUUCCAGGCAGCCUCUGCCCAAGCCCAACCCUCAACAAUAUUUGGUGGAGGACGUUCAUCCGCGGGGCCGUUUGGUUCGUUCGCUCAACCAGCCACCGAGAGCUCCUUUUUGGAAGCACUGGUCAUGGCUCUACUCCCUUGUUUGGAGGUGCUGCCAGAGGACCGGCACCGGCCAGAUUGUCAGCAGAAACAUCACCUUUCGCUAGACAGGAGCAUGAUAAAGGAGGUUUUACCUCCACCACGACGCAGCCAUCAAAGGUCCAUGCACUUGUAGCACUGCAAACUUUCCAAGGAAACUGGGAGUGGAACCAAGCGUUAUUUGAUGUGCUCGGCUUGAACAUGGCCGAAAUUCAAGCCAAGAUUCUCCAUUUGGUUCAGGUUGACACUCUUCACAUAGAAGCAGUAAAAUCUGUUGCUACUCUGCUGGCGAUGGGUUUCCUUGUUAACAAGAAUUCAGACUCACAAAGCGUUUGGGAAUUGGUAUACGGUAAGGCUGAAACAUGGAUCAGCAACACAUUGCCUGGACUAGGCUUCCUUGGCCACUCCAUCGAAACUAUGAAGACCGAUAUCAUGGCUCUCGUCUGA